GCUGCUACUACUGCUUCCUCCAUCAUUUCCUUCUUCUUGCUGCUGCUGCUGCUCUAUGAGAGAUUGAUUGCAUUAGUUUCUACCCCCAUACUCCGUUGCUCCAGAUAUCAGUGUUACUUACUGGUUUUGGAAAUAGAGGCUAGAUCAAGUGGUAGUCUAGCAGGGCGUCCGCUUGGCCAUUACUCAUACUGUUGCAAUACUCUUCUUCUUUCUUUCGCCGCCCUCCGUCGUUCCCUUUCUUCCAUCAUCGCGUUUCGCCUCUCCAGUUGACUAGACUUGCUCGAGCUUCUUUUGCGAACAAUCUGCUGGUGUUAUUGUCCUGGUCGCAGCAGCUUAUGUCGCCUUGCGGAGAGCUUCCAGAUUGAAUUGACAUUGCCCUGAAAAUCACAGCCUGUGUGCCUUGCCUUGUGUGUGCUGGUGCUUGAUCCUCCCUUCCGACCAACCCACCCCACGCCGCCGCCCGAAUCGGAUCCAUGCAGACCAUGCCGCCCCGAUCAUCUUUAACCAGUUCGUUCUCCGUCACUGACGCCAACAACGAAGUGGUUUGCCCUCUGAAAAACAAUGAUGGUUCCAAUUGUCGCAAGAGAUGCCUGGGGGAAAAGCGCUAUCGCUCCAUGCAGGAGCACAUUCGCCGUGCUCACCCCAACCAUUACAUUCCGAAGCUCCCGGCUACCGAGGAGAGCUUUAUCUUGAUGGUCACAACCCCACCAGACCAGCGUGCUCACCUGUCCCCCCCGAAACCCGCUACUUCUCGACGACGCAAUGAUUUGGCUGAUCGCGAUAUUUAUGUUGCCGAUGCUGGCUCCCCCGCAACCCCGCGGGGUAUCGAUGAAGCCCAGCCGGCCGCCGCUACCGCAGCCGUCGCCUUGGCUCAAUUGCACCACAACCGCUUAGCAUCUGACUGGGACACAGACAUGGAAACCCAAUCGGACAAUGACCGGGACCGGAUCCGCUCCGUCGAACUGCCGUCACUGCGCGAGCAUUUCAAACAAGAGUCAUUGCCUCCAUUCCCCGCGGCUCGCCCUCGAGAGCUUUUGCCUUCCAUUCUGACCCACUCGCCGCCCGGGCGCUCCUCAACGUUGCCUCCAAUCCAACGCAGAGACAAGCUGCCUCGGUCUCGCAAGUCGUCGAUCUCGGGGGCACGCAAGCCGAAACACGAGCGCACUAAGUCGAAGGAAUAUGGACGGCGUCCGAGUCUAGGAGAUCGCAAGGCGCUUUCUGCCGAGCCACAAACUGCAGCCUGGGCGCAGGGCAAGCGUUGGGAGGACCUCAUCGAGGCGGCUACUUCUGCCACAGAAGCAGAUGACGAACACCAGUCUGAUGUCGGCCGGUCGCCUACGAUGCCUCCGUUCAUCUCCAACAUCACCUCGGCUCCUGCGGGCAGCAACCGCUCUUCGCUACCCCCCGCAUUCCAAACCCCCACCGGACUACCCCCACCUGCACCCUACCGGCCUUUCCCCCACCCCUUCGCGUCGCCCAUGCACAAGUCCAUGACCCCGCCGCCGUUUGAUCGUAACCGCGACAGUGACUUGGAGCCAUUCCCGUCCAUCGAGUCGUCGAUUGACUCGGCUUCGUCGACGUCGGGCAAGAAUCAUUCCUUCUCCAGUCACCUUGCGCCUUCGAUCAAUUCGGAUUCCAGCCCAGUGUUGAAUAUGUUCCCGUCGGCGUCGCAACGGCAGCACCAUCGGUUCUCCAAUCCCACCCCGGCCUCUUACCGUAGCAAAGAGAUUCAGAUCUACUGUGCCAGCUGUAAGCGGCCUUGGGCACUGAGUGAAUGCUAUGCCUGCACGGAAUGUAUUUGCGGAGUCUGCCGGGAGUGUGUCGGGAUGUUCAUCAGCAGCCCCCCUGCGUCCUUCCGAAAUGUGACGUCCAGCCCGGGGAGCGCCAUGUCGCACGGGCCGACCAGCUAUCCUAACCACCCGCGCGGCUGUCCUCGAUGUCGCACGGUCGGAGGCAAAUGGAAAGCCUUCCAACUUGAUUUCAGGUGACCUCUUCAUGAUUCGAAUCGGCGCCGCAGCUUGCGCUCUUUUGACAACUUUAUGUUUUACGGAUGUUACGAAUAAUGGCUUUUGAGGGUUCGUUGAAACUCAUAUCACGGUACAAUGACAUGACCAUCAAGGCACAAGAAUGACCCUGCAUGCGGUCAACGACUACAUGAAUUGCCUUUGAACUGCUGAAAAUAUACUUACCCAGCCAAGGAAGGGCCUGGCCAAUGAUCCACCUCACGGCUGCUCCCAAGAAACCUUUAACGAAAAGCUGGACUUUUUUGUUCUGUAUGUUGGUGCAAUCACGCUGGGCGCUUUAUAUACACCACGGUGGAAUUUUGUGAUGUUCUCAUGCCAUGCUAACACGAUUGGACUUAUGCUACUGGCGUUUGUUACCUGGAUACAAUUUUUUGAUGAUAUAUUUGGACAAUGAUAUAAAAUUUUGUUG